GCAGGGGCCCCCUUGCUGCCCCAGCCCCUUGGCUUCCAGUCUCCCAGUGUCCCAAAGUGGGUGCCGGUAGCGACCCCUGCUCCUGCUGCCUUCACAGCCCGACCCGGGCUGGGCAGAGGGGCUGGGGCAGAGCACGGAGGGCUGACCCCGCUGCGGGACAUCCCGGCGGGGCUGCAGCCCGGGGCCCCGGGAGUUGUCUGCCACAUUCGCUCCAGCGAGCAACUGUUUUGACAGAGCCAUUACUCACCCGUCAAGCUUUUGUUCCCGCUGCCCAGCGGUGCCUGUCUGGAGUCCUGAAUAGGAUCAAAUCCUGCAACCAGACGCACACACACGCACGCAGGAGCGCACGGCCGAGCUCGCCCCAGAGCCGGGGCUGCUGCGGGGCCGCUCGGCUGUCCCCAGCCCUCCCUCCGGAAAUUGGGGUCUGCUCCCCACGUCCCGGGACAUACAUGAAGCUCCUGGUCCUGCUGGUUUGCAGCCUCCUGGCGUGGAGGGUGGGUGAGACGAGAUCGGAUGCUCCAGAAAAAUUGUCCCCGCUGGCUCCGGGAGCUCUCAGCACGAAGGAGACCUUCCUGGUGCUCUCACUGCACAACAAGUUGAGGAGCAAAGUGCAGCCCCCUGCUGCCAACAUGCAGAAGCUGGUGAGCCCCCUUGCAGGUCCCGUGUCCCCCACCUUCGAUAUCACAUCCACCUUCUUGGCCAUGCCCAGGGAGGUGGGCAGCCCAUGGGUGACACACAGUACUUUGGGCAACUGGGAGGUGGCCGGGAUGCCCAUCCUGCCCUACAAGCAGGGACCCUGGUGCUCCCUCUGCACCGCUGGCCUCUCUGGCUGCUUCAAGUCCUGGGACCACAGCGGCGGGCUCUGCGAGGUGCCCAGGAACCCUUGUCGCAUGAGCUGCAGGAACAGCGGGCGCCUCGACAUGAGCAGCUGCCAGUGCACCUGUCCUCCCGGCUACACGGGCAGGUACUGCCAAGUGAGAUGCAGUGGGCAGUGCCUCCACGGGAGGUUCAGGAAGGAGGAGUGCUCCUGCCUCUGCGACGUGGGAUAUGGAGGAGCUGAGUGUGGCACAAAGAUCCAUUUCCCCUUCCAUGCCUGUGACGUGCGGAUAGACAGCGACUGCUUCAUGGUGUCCCCUGAAGCUGACACCUACUAUGGAGCCAAAAUUAAAUGCCAGGAGAAAGGAGCGAUGCUGGCCCAGAUAAGAAACCAGAAGGUUCAGGACAUCCUGGCUUUCUACCUCAGCCGCUUGGAGAUGGGCAACAGGGUGACAGACACUGACUUUGAGACUGGAAACUUCUGGAUUGGUCUCACCUACAAGACAUCCAAGGCUUCCUUCCGCUGGGAUGUGGGUGAGCCAUCCUCGUUCACCAGCUUCGCUUUUGGGCAGCCGGACAACCAGGGGUUUGGGAACUGUGUGGAGAUGCAAGCGUCAGCUGCCUUCAACUGGAACGACCAGCGCUGCAAGACCCGAAACCGGUACAUCUGCCAGUUUGCCCAGGAACACAUCGCCCUGUGGCAGCGGGACCCCUGAGCUGGCAGCCCUGGGAACUGGCCAGCGCUGGCUGCUGUGCUGAUCCUGGGGCUCAGGAGGAGCCUGGUGCUGUACAAAGCCCAGACCAUGGCUCAGGAGGAUCUCUGCACAGCUCACUGUGCAAGGAAUCAGGGGCUCAGGGGACCCAUGGCACUGGGACCUGGCAGGAAGGGGUGUGCUGUACCUUAGCAUCCCUGACACAGCAUCUUCUGCCCCUCACCUUCCUCUGCCACCAUCACUCUGCAACACCCUGGGCAGGAGACAUCCCUUGCAACAGCCAGGUACAAAAGCAUCCUCCUCCAAAAGUGGCAGCUGGGCUGUGUCUGGACUGUGGUCUCAGUGUUACAAGGGGCCAAGGGGGCUCUUUGGGGGUGCAGACCUUGGCGUAGCUCAGGGAGGACCAGGCUCAGCUCUGAGCCAUUGUCCUGACCUGGCUGAGAAUGCCCCAGCCUGGUGGGUUUUUCACCCUCACCUGGUCCUUCAUCAUCUGCCUGGUCAUUAAUAAAGACCCUCUCUCCUUUGGGAAGA